GGGAAACUGAAUGGGAAGGGCAAGGCAGUAUCACAAGUAAAAGCACCCAUGCAAAAUGGUGCAGUUUCCGUCAAAGCUACAGGAACUUUGAAGGCAGAUAAAGGGAAAGAAGAAGGGGAGAAAGGAGAAGAGCAAAUACCCACAUCGAAUACCUCAGAUAAUGGGAAAAAGAAGGGCUCUUCAAUGAAGUCUGCAAAAAAGGCAAAGAAUUCGGCAUGGGAUGAACCUUUGAAAGAGGGAGAAGUCGAAGUCUUCAUCAAAAGCCGAAAGGAAAUUGCCAAAACAAAGAAAAACAAAAGUAAGAUGAUCAGGCUUGGGGGUCUAGAGAGCCCUCACAACUUUGGUGAAAAGAGCAUCAAAAUCAACUUGAGGCACAACCAGGAGCACGAGUACAGUGAUUAUGCCCGCACCUUAAAGGACAGCCCUAAUAUACCCUACAACGCCAACAAGUUACCCAAAGCUCCUGUCCUGAAGCCUUCCCCCUCGCCCAUUCUCAUCAAGAAAUCUGCUGCCAAGACACUGAAAUCCAUUGCCUCAUUGACAACUCCCACGAAAAGGCAAAAAGCACAAGACUUUUUCUAGCCAAGUGAAAAUUGAGAUUGAUUAGGCAUGACAUAAAGUCAGCAGAAUGUUGUUUUUUCUAUUUUCAUUAUAGAAUUACUUUUUUUACAAGAACAUUAGUUGUUUUUAUAAUUAUCAUUGUAUUUUCUUUAUCUUUUUUUUAAAGGCUGGAAUCCAGUUUUGUUGCAAAUUUAAUAUUAUAUGUAUGAACUUGUCUGUAACUGAAAGGGUUUGUUAUAAAUAGUAAGAAACUAUUUAAGAAUUGUAUAAUUUUUCAAAAUGAAUAAAAUAAGAAACUAAGACAAA